AUGAGUUGGUCCUCACACCCCCGGAGUUUAAUCCUCUGCUUCUACACUCUUUAAUUGCUCUCUUCAACAUGCCUGGCAUAUAUUGCUACCCGAGACAACUGCUGCAUCUUAGAUGAAAGAUUUGGUAGUUAUUGCCCAACUACCUGUGGAAUUGCAGAUUUCCUGUCUACUUACCAAACCAGUGUAGACAAGGAUCUACAGAAUUUGGAAGGCAUCUUACGUCAGGUUGAGAACAAGACAUCAGAAGCCAGAGAGUUGGUCAAAGCAAUCCAGAUCAGCUACCGCUCUGAUGGACCAGCAAAGCCAAAUGGGAUAGAGAGUGCUACCAAAAUUUCCAAGAAAAUGUUGGAAGAAAUUAUGAAAUAUGAAACAUUGAUUUCAACACAUGAAUCAACAGUUCGAUUUUUGCAGGAAAUAUAUAAUUCAAAUAAUCAAAAAAUCAUCAACCUGAAACAGAAAGUGGUCCAACUGGAAGCAAAGUGUCAGGAACCUUGUCAAGAUACAGUGAAAAUACAUGAUACAACUGGGAAAGAUUGUCAAGACAUUGCCAAUAAGGGGGCCAGAGAUAGUGGGCUUUACUUUAUCAAACCUCUGAAAGCUAAGCAGCAGUUCUUAGUCUACUGUGAAAUUGAUGGGUCUGGAAAUGGAUGGACUGUGUUUCAGAAGAGGCUUGAUGGCAGUGUGAAUUUCAAGAAAAACUGGAUUCAAUAUAAAGAAGGGUUUGGACAUCUGUCUCCUACCGGAAACACAGAAUUUUGGCUGGGAAAUGAGAAGAUUCAUUUGAUAAGCACACAGUCUACCAUCCCAUAUGUAUUAAGAGUGCAGUUGGAGGAUUGGAAUGGCAGAACCAGUACUGCAGACUAUGCUACGUUCAGGGUGACAGGUGAAAACGACAAAUACCGCAUGACAUAUGCCUACUUCAUUGGUGGAGAUGCUGGAGAUGCGUUUGAUGGCUACGAUUUUGGCGAGGAUACUAGUGACAAGUUUUUCACAUCCCACAAUGGCAUGCAGUUCAGUACCUGGGACAAUGACAAUGAUAAGUUUGAAGGCAACUGUGCUGAACAGGAUGGAUCUGGUUGGUGGAUGAAUAAAUGUCAUGCUGGCCACCUCAAUGGAAUUUAUUACCAAGGCGGCACUUACUCAAAGACAUCUACUCCUAAUGGUUAUGAUAAUGGCAUUAUUUGGGCCACUUGGAAAUCCCGGUGGUAUUCAAUGAAGAAAACCACCAUGAAAUUAAUCCCAUAUAACAGAAUCGCCAUUGGAGAAGGACAGCAACACCACCUUGGGGGAGCCAAACAGGUCAGACCAGAACACCAUGUUGAAAUAGAAUAUGACUAA